AUGAACAACAAAAAAUUAAUUUUGGAAAAAAGAAAUCGAUUUGCAAUUGGCAACAAUAAUUUCCUAUUAAACAAGGCAUUUUAUCUUGAUUUCCGUUUAUCAAUGGUCGAAAUCCGAUUAAGAUUGUCAAGUUGUGUGCAUUUCUCAGUCGGUGGAAGAACAAUUCAAUUAACUUUCACGCUUGCACUACACUGUGAAAAUAUUGGCAAAAUAAGCGGAAUAAGAAGCUUACAAAUGACUCAACAACUUAUUGCAAACGCUCAACGCGGUCUAAUUCACCAAUUUCAACCGACAACCAGCAGUGCUGACUUUUUAAAAAUUUCUCGAAAAUAA